AUGCUGCGAUUCCAGAUCAGGGGACCGUCAACCACGGCGACGCCGCGUCUCGACGUUAAGGCAUGCGACGGCGACGACAGCGAUGACGUGGACACGAGCGCCUUUUCCUCCUCCGGCAACAGCGCGCUACACCGCGUGUUCGGCUCGGCCGCGGUGACUGCUGACGUGUCUCUCGCGGACGCAUUGGACGAGCGUAGCGGCGGCCCGGAGGAGCGGUUCGGCGUGAACGGGCGGCGAUUAAAGUUCAAAGUGGGCGGCUCGGAGGAAGCUUCGUCGGAGCUUCUUGAGGCAGCCGGGUCGACGGCUAAGGAGGUUGAGAAGGGGGUAGAGGCGAUGGGGUCGGCGGCGCUUAAAACGCGGGAGACGGAGAGAGCAGUGGAGAGUGAGGAAGAGACGAAACGAAAGAUGAGGAUAUCCCACGGCCGAAUCAUAUCAGUGCUUCUCUUCGUCGCCCUCCUCUCCACCCUUCUCCUCGUCGACUCCUUCAUCUGGCGUCUCAUCCGCCGCCCCCUAGCCGCCUUCUUCCUCACAAUCCCCUUCCUGGCCGCCGCCGCCACGUCAGCAUACGCGGGCGCCAUAGCCAUCCCGUUUCUCCGGUCGCUUAAAGCCCAGCAGGUGGUGCGAGAGGAGGGCCCUGCCACGCAUGUGACUAAAGCGGGGACGCCCACCAUGGGGGGGCUGUUCUUCGUGCCGCUGGGUGUGCUUGUAGCGAGGGUGGCGACUGGGAGUCCGCCUGAGCUGGCAGGAGUGACAGCGGCAACGGUGGCGAUGCUGCUGGUGGGGGCGGUGGAUGAUGGGUUGUCGCUCGCUAAGAAGCAUAACUACGGGCUUACACCGAUGGGGAAGCUGGGUCUACAGGUGGCAGUGGGACUGGCACUCAGCUACUGGUUGCACGGGGCAAAUCUGCAAUCGCCCUACUCCAUGAAGAAUCUGGUGCCUUUUCCACAGCCAAUCGGUCUCUGGUACUUUGGCAGGUGGUAUGUGCCGGUAACGGUGUUCUGCGUGGCAGCAAUGAGCAACUCGGUCAACCUCACAGAUGGUCUCGAUGGGCUUGCAGCCGGCACCACUGCCAUCGCCUUCAUUGUCAUGGCUAUAGCCUGCCUGCCCAUUUACCCUGCCAUGGGGGCAUUCGGAGCAGCAAUGGCGGGGGUCAUGCAUAAGCUUCCAAGCGCACAACCGACACAAGGUGGUGGUCUCGGGGCGGCGCCUGUUACCACUCUCCACCACUCGCUACCACUCUCGCUGCCCUCUCAUUCUCAGCCUCUCUCGUGCCCUCCCCUUCCAUCCCGACCAGCCAUGGGGGCGUUCGGAGCAGCGAUGGCGGGGCCCUGCAUGGGCUUCGUAGCGCACAACCGACACAAGGCGCACCGGUCUUCAUGGGAGGCACGCGCUCCUAACUACCAUUCUCCACCACUCUUCACCACUCUUCAUGGGGGACACGGGGUCCUUGCUUGGCUCUCGUUCGCUCCCUUACCCUCCCUUCUCCUUCCAUAUCCUCCCAUUCCAAUUAUACCAGCCAUGGGGGCGUUCGGAGCAGCGAUGGCGGGGGCGUGCAUGGGGUUCCUAGCCCACAACCGGCACAAGGCAGCAGUCUUCAUGGGGGACACGGGCUCCUUGGCUCUCGGGGCGGCACUCGCUGCAAUGGCUGCCACCACUGGCCUCUUCUUCCCCCUCCUCAUCGUCUCGGCCGUUUUCUUCCUCGAGACCAUCUCGGUCAUGCUACAGGUAAGCCCCCUCACUACCGCUCUCUCCCACUCUCUACUACUCUCCACCACUCAAUACCACUCGCUGCCCUAG